AUGCAGAGUUCUGAAAUGGCACUCAUUGCAAGUAAACAGCUGCUCGAGGACUUGCUACAGGAAUUACAGACGAACAACAAAGACUUGUCUGUACGAGAGGCUCGGGACAGUCUGAACAAGUCGUUCGGGCUGGACGGCUGUGGACCCGGGUUGAGUGCCGAGGAACAAAGACUACAGGCAUCCAGAUAUAUUAAAACCAAACAAACAUGUCGCUUCCAACCUUUUCCUGCCAGGUGGCUGGCCUGGGCUCGCCAGAAGCAUCAGCUCAAGGUUGUGACAGCAGCUGUCCCCCAGCUUGGAAUUUCACCUGACCUGAGAACAGCAGAGCUGCACGAUGUCAGGGUGUUCACCAAGCAUGGUCCUGAUGAUGCUGUGUAUGAUUCCAAUAAGGAAUUCAGAGAGAAGGUUGCUAGGGGCAACAGUUUCUUGGAGAUCCCAGCUGGUCCUGACAGGGGCACCUACUGUGUGAUCCAUGCUCUGAAGAAGUUCACAGGAGGACUGGGCGAUGAUGACGACAAGGAUAAGGGUGACAACCACACAUGGAAGAAGUAUUUCACUAAGCCCUUAGAGGAGGCAACCACUGUAGUGGCCACAAGGAAGGCCAAUGGAGAGGCUGCCCAUCUGGGCGCUCGGCUGGUUGGAGGGAAGGUUGUCCUGUGUGGAGGCUCUAAAAAUGUCCACAUGCUGUUCACACAAAGGGGUCAUAUAGAGAAGUACAAGGAGAGCAGGUACCAAGUGGCUCGGGAGGUGUGCACAGCCAUAAUGGAUCUGUUGGAUGACAUGUCAGACUUGCACAGACACAGGCUCCUGAGUUUCCUGGUACACACCGGUUACACAGCAGUGUUUGAGGUGUUACAGCCUCACCACCAGCAUGUGGAGGACCUGUCAUACCUGAAAAGAUCAGAACUCAGGUUUAUUGCAUGGACCAGUACCGACUUGGAGCCCAGGAGUAACUCACAGCUCUGCAGCAUGGCUCCACACAUGGCAAUAGAGAUAGCAAGGACCAUGGGGCUGCCCACCGUGCAAUAUGAACUGGUGCCUGCAUCAGAGGUGGAGACUCAUAUGAAGCAAAUCAGGCAGGGUUAUGGGUAUGAAGGGGAAGUCCUGUACUUCCUUGAUGCUGAUGGAGCAGUUAUUGGCUUGCUGAAGAAGAAAACAAUAUGGUACAUUGUCAUUCGAGCAAUCAGGGAAAAAGUGCGCAAUGCAGCUCAAGCCUACACAAAGAAGAGUGACUUUGACAUCAACAGGUCAGACAAAAAGCUAAGACAACGUAUCGGUGAGAUCCAGCAGUGGCUGGGGCUGGAUGAGGACAGUGUGGCCACCUGGAGGGAGCUGGGGCACAAGUUCCUCCACUGGGUCAUCAACAACCUCAGGACCAGGACUGUCACCAUGGAGGAGGUGGCGGGGGUGUUCCCUGUGGUCUGGAACAGGUUUCUCUCAGACACAGGCCUGUCUGAUCAUGUGACCAGCCAGUGGGAGGAGCCAGAGGGGAGUGAUGACUGAUUGACAGUCCAUUCUACUUUCAGAUGAACUAGAUUGGACAAAAUGGGUCCGGAUACAGUCAGAUCCAGGUCGUUAUUUUUACGUUUCCGGACUAGAUAUGGCCACAUACGGGCGGAUACAAAUGGCAUCUCAUAUCCACCCACAAUGAUGUGGUCGUAUUCAGUCCGCAAAUGGAAGAAUAACGACCCGGAUCUGACUGUAUCCGGACCAAUUUUGUCCAGAAAAUUGUGUACAUCAUGUGCAAAGAGUCUAGGUGUUAUGUAACCUGGCAUCUACUUGCUGAAGGGCAACAACAAAACUGGCAGCUGUAAUACAGAUAGGUACCAGGCUAUCAUAGAGGCAGCUGGUCUUCUCAGAUCAUUACUCACUGUUCAGCUGCUAUAUAUACCAUGACCUCUUAUUCACUCUAACUUCGUUGUCUUUGUAACUUAUAACACAUGUAAGAUCAAUUUUCAAUGGAGUGCCUAUAAGAUUAGAAAUGCCAAAUCAUUCUAAGAUGUACAAAUCUUUAUAUGUAUGGGAAUCAGUUUUUAAGUGCACAUUGUACCAUUAUUUGUUUGUGAUAGC